AUGGCGUGGCAACCGGAGGAGGAGGCGCUGAGGCAGUUGUCCGAGUACCUCAAGAACUCCUUGAGCGGCCAUGACAGAAAUAAACAAAAAGAGGCGGAGCUGAUGAUCAUGAACGCGAGAAACAAUAACGAUUAUGUGAAUUAUCUGACAUAUAUCUUUACUACGCCCCAGCUAGGGCAGCAGCUCCAGCUCAAUACCCCGAGUCUGUUCCUCAUCCGCUAUGCUGGGGGGGUCAACCUCAAGAACCAUAUCAAGCUCUUCUACUCCAACAUUCCGAAAGACCAAUUGGCAUACGUCAAGGCGGCGACCCUCACUGUCCUCCGGGAUCCGAACCCCCAACUGAGAGGCUUCGCUGGAACAGUCAUUACCGAGAUCGUGACACAGGGUGGGCUGCUACAAUGGCCGGAGAUCUUGCAAGAGUUGUUGUCGCUCGUGGAUAACAGUGCAGGCAAUGCGCCCGCGGAAACUCAAGAGGGAGCCAUGUCGGCCCUGGCAAAAGUCUGUGAGGACAACCGGAAGUUGCUGGACAAGGAGUUCCAAGGCCAGAGACCGAUGACAGUCAUCGUGCCCAAGUUGCUGGAGUUUGCAACUCAUUCCAACCCCAAGAUUCGCGUCCUUGCCCUCAGCACGCUCAAGACGUUUAUCCCGCAAAAGUCACAGGUCCUGUUCUCGGCUCUGGACAUUUACCUACAGACAAUCUUCCAGCUGGCAACAGAUCCGGACGUGCAAGUCAGGAGGAUCGUUUGUCAAUCCCUUGUCCAGCUCGUGGAAACUCGACCAGAUGCGCUUUCUCCACAUCUUGAUGGUCUUGUGAAUUAUAUCUUGACUCAACAACAGUCCUCGGGAAACCCCGACCUCGCUCUAGAUGCAGCCGAGUUCUGGCUCAGCGUGGGCGAGCAAGACCAAUUGAGAGAUCGGAUGGGACCUUACCUGAACAAAAUCAUUCCCGUCUUGCUUGCUGGAAUGGUGUAUGGAGAGGAUGAAGUCUUCCGGCUUGGGGGGGAUGAAAACGAUGCCGACGUUGAAGAUCGAUCAGAAGAUAUAAAGCCUCAAUUCGCUCAGACUAAAGCCGGAAGAGGUGUCAAGUCAGAGAAGGAAGACUCUGCUCCAGGCACGCCCCAGGCUAAUGGUACCCCAUCAAAGAACGAUGACCUUAGCGACGGUGAGAUCGAGGAGGAAGACGAGGAUGAGGAAUGGGAUGAUGAUGACCCCGAAAAUGCUUGGAGCUUAAGGAAAUGCUCUGCUGCUGCCCUGGACGUCUUCGCCGUCAACUACGGAGUGGCUGUCUUCGACAUCAUUCUGCCUUACCUGAAGGAAAAUCUCUCCCACAGCCUCUGGCCCAAACGCGAAGCGGCAGUCCUCGCGCUCGGCGCCAUCGCAGAGGGCUGCAUGGAUGUUGUUUCACCACAUCUACCCGAGCUGGUGCCUUUCUUGAUUUCCCUGCUUUCGGAUGAAGAACCCGUUGUUCGACAGAUCACCUGCUGGUGCUUAGCACGGUAUUCCGAAUGGGCAUCCCGCCUUGAAUCUCAAGCAGACAAACAACGCUACUUUGAGCCCAUGAUGGAAGGCUUGCUGCAUCGAAUGUUGGACAAGAACAAGAAAGUACAGGAAGCCGGAGCCAGCUCCUUCGCCAGCCUCGAGGAAAAGUCGGGCGAAAAACUCAAACCUUAUGUUGAACCGAUCCUUCGCCAGUUUACGGAAUGCUUCAAACGAUACAAGGACAAGAAUAUGUACAUUUUAUACGACUGUCUACAAACAUUGGCCGACAGUGUUGGGCAGGAAAUCGCCAAACCCGAGCUUGUCAACCUUCUAAUGCCGGUCCUUAUCGAACGAUGGAACAAGAUUCAGGACGACUCGAGGGAAAUGUUUCCCCUGCUGGGUUGCCUAGGCUACAUUGCCAUGGCGUACGGCGAUACCUUUGCACAAUUUGCAGCCCCAAUCUUCGACCGGUGCAUCAAAGUCAUCUAUUCAAAUCUGCAGCAACACAUGGCAUUUGUGUCCGGCCAGACGGUGGACCAACCAGACAAGGACUUUAUAGUGACAGCCCUCGACCUGCUCUCUGCCAUUAUCCAAGCCAUUUCUCCCGAAAAAUCGGCACCGCUUGUGCAGAACUCUCAACCGCAAUUCUUUGACCUGCUCUCCUUCUGCAUGGAAGACCCCACCACUGACGUCCGGCAAUCUGCCUACGCUGUCCUGGGUGAUUGCGCCAUUGCCCUUUUCAACACCCUCGACCCGUAUCUCGCCAAACUCCUUCCGGUCUCGAUCCGCCAGCUCGACCUUGAUGCCAUGCCCGAUGACGAUUCCGAGAACAGCUUCAACGUGCUUGCGAAUGUAUGUUGGUCCCUAGGCGAAAUUGCCGCACGUGCGUCGACAUCUCGCAUUUCUCCUUUCAUCGAGCCUCUCUACCGCGGCCUCGUGACGAUAAUCAAGAAUGAAGAAGUCCCGGAUCCUGCGAGUGAGAAUGCUGCGACAGCCCUUGGUCGUCUUGGUCUGGUCUGUCCCGAACACCUUGCGCCUUUCCUGAGCGAGUUUGCCGAGCCCUUCUUAUCGAGCAUGUCCAAGGUCAGCACGUCGCACGAAAAGGCUAGCGCGUUCUUGGGCUUCAACAAUGUCAUUGAGCGCAAUCCUCAGGCGAUGGAGGCCAGUCUUGGGCUGUACUUCUCGGCAAUUGCCCAGUUCCCUCAAAAGGGAAAACAAGGGGCCGAUUAUAGUGAAGUUCGCUCAAGUUUUGGCCGAGUGAUACAGGGAUAUGUUGGACUUAUUGGACAGGAUGGCUUCCGCAAUUUCCUGGGUGGUUUAAGUGCUCCGGUCAGACAGAAAUUGAGUGACGGGUAUGGCUUAGGAUCUUGA